AUGGAAGCCACGAUGAAACGCGUGACGAAGAUUUACAUUAACGGACUAAAGAGAGAAAUCAGCCAUAUGAUACUUACCAGUAAAUCAAACACACUUGUUGAAGCCGAAAAUGAACGGGAAAUAAGAAGAUUUGACGAACAAACAAAGCCGAUGCAACGCCCUAUCGAGCGACAAGCUAUACAACCAGCACCGCGACCAACACCGACCGCUGCAAGAUCAGACGUUUACCGACAGAUAGAACGCCAACCUCUAGCACAAAGAGCUCAACUAAAGUGUUUGAAAUGUGGAAAAAUCGGACAUAGCGCAAACCAAUGCGAAAAUUUUCGAAGUCCCGGCCAACAAAACAAGCCACCACCGAGAAUAAACAACACGACACUGAAAGAAUCAGACUCAACGCAACCACAGGAGAAUAACUCCACCAACUACCUACAAUUCAACACGGAGGAAGAACAUACCUCGUAG